CCGAAGCCGUGGCGAGGCGGAGGAAGGAGCGGAUCGGAGCGGCCGGCACCAUGAGUCUCCUCAACAAGCCCAAGAGUGAGAUGAUGCCGGAGGAGCUGCAGAAACGGGAGGAGGAGGGGUUCAACACAGGGCCCCUCUCGGUGCUCACGCAGUCAGUCAAGAACACACAGGUGCUCAUCAACUGCCGCAACAACAAGAAGGUGCUGGGCCACGUGAAGGCCUUCGACAGGCACUGCAGCAUGGUGCUGGAGAACAUCAAGGAGAUGUGGACUGAGGUCCCAAACAGCGGCAAGGGCAAAAAGAAGUCUAAGCCAGUCAACAAGGACCGCUACAUCUCCAAGAUGUUCCUGCUUGGGGACUCGGUCAUCGUGGUCCUGCGCAACCCGCUCAUCGCCGGCAAGUAGAACCCCUGACUG